AGGAACACAAUCUAGCAAAGGGAGAUAAAAAUAGUCAGUUAAUGAGUUACAAUACUUUGACGUUUUUAAAGUUUUUUUUUUAUUUAUCAGUUUAUGUUACUUUUAUUUCAUUUAUACGGUGGAACUUACACAUUGAAGGAGAAGAUCCCGUGGAAGUGUAGUGUUGUUCGUAUAUCACUUUUGAAGUUAUUAAAAUGGGGAAAAGAGCUCAGUUACAAGAAAUGUCGGACGACUCAGAUGAUGGAGCUAAAAACAAAUCCAAAGUUACCAAAGAUGUCAAAGAAUUUGUUUCUAAGAAUUUUGAUCCAGAGAAGUUGAUUGAAAGGUCCCAAUCAGAUGCCACUUUUGUAAAAUUCCACACAAGUUCUGUAUCAGACAGCAGGAAAUAUACAAGCCAAAGAAUUGAAAGGAAAGGACAGCCAGCCAAAGUUUCAGAAAGUUCCAAAGUUUUCUUUGAUCUCUCUAGCAUUGAUUCAGAAGAAAAUGAUUCUGGAGAAUAUACCAAGAUGGAGAAAAGAAACUCAUUGGACAUGUUGGAAACUAUCUCACAUGAUGGAGAUUCGGCAAUUCAUGAAAUUUCUUCCAAAGAUUCUUUACUGUCUGCAACUGAAAACAGGUUUUCAUCUGAUGAUCUGGAAAGUAUUGUGGCUAGCGAGGACACAAUUGAACCUGAAACUACUUAUGUGCAGUACUGGGAGAAGUACCCAUUGAUCCUGCCAACAGUGACUGACUCAGAUACAAAUCGUCAAAACCAAACAAAUGUGAAACUCAGUUACCAAAAAUUGUCUCAAGAACUUGAGAGCCACAUCAAACCCUUGAAGGCUGCCAAGCCUAAACAUGAAGUCAGACACCUAGAUAAAAUCAGACAUGUUUUAGUGGAAGCAUGGCAGGUCCCCAUGUACGGAAGGGACAUUGCUUAUGGUCUGUGUGAUGUUUUGAGAAAUGAGGGCAUAUUGGAUAUGGUGAUAGAAAACUGCAGCUCAACUAAUAAGGACCUUUUGAAAGCAUCAGCAUCAGUGUUAGAACAAUGCCUUUCUUGGGAAAAUCGAAACCAUGUUGUAAAAUCAGGGAUUGAAACAGUUGUAUUAAUGACAAAAAGAGAGAUUUCCAAUCAUGAAAUGUCUUACAUUAAUACUGGCAUUCUAGAAGGUUUGUUCAAAGUUUCAGAGGAAGCAUCAACAAAAAUGAUUACCCUUGGAGGUUUGGAUGUCAUUUUACACUGGUCAAGGUCAAGUGACAUCAGAAAUCUCCGACACUGUGCAAAAGCCCUGGCCAACCUUUCAUUAUUUGGAGGUGCAGAAAACCAGGAGGAGAUGGCCAAAAGAAAUGUCCCAGAAUGGCUGUUUCCUCUGGCUUUUAUGGAAGAUGACACCAUAAAGUACUAUGCAUGCCUUGCCAUUGUAGUGUUACUUGCUAAUAAAGAACUGGAGGCUGCAGUGAUUAAAUCAGGGACCUUAGAAUUGGUGAUGCCGUUCAUAAACUCUACAAAGCCCUCAUCUUUUGCUAAAAGUGAUACAUCUCAGCAGCAGGGAAAGGACCACAUGUGGUUAGAAAGACUGGUGCCUCUUUUGCUGAGCAGAAGAGAGGAAGCUCAAAGUCUUGCUGCGUUCCAUUUUGCCAUGGAAGCAGGAAUCAAAGAGGAGCAAGGAAAACUUGAUCUCUUUUAUGAAAUUGGUGCAAUAGAACCUUUGAAAAAAGUUGCCAGUAGUCCCAAUGCCACAGCAUCCAAACUAGCUGUCCUGGCCUUAAAAGUUAUUGGAGAGAGUAUUCCCCAUAAGCUCACUACACAAGUUCCAGUGUGGAGUGUGAUAGAUGUGGCCCACUGGGUGGCACAGGUGGGCUUUAAAGACUUUGUUCAGAACUUUAUAGACUGCCAGGUAGAUGGCGAUAUACUUUUACUUCUGACAGAACAGGAGCUGGAGACCAGUAUCAAAAUGGACUGCAAGAUUGCCAGAAAAAGAUUUUUACGAGAGUUGAAGUCAUUGAAAAUAACAGCUGACUAUUCCUCAUGCGACCCAUCUCAGAUGGAUGCUUGGUUGAUGAAAAUUCUCCCUGAUCUGUCGCAGUACACAUAUGAAAUGCUUAAAGCAGGCAUGAACAAGGAGGUGUUGGCAUCUACGAACAACGAAGAAUUAGAAAUUGUGUGUGGAAUCAAAAAUGGCAUUCAUCGUCGUCUCAUGUUGGAACAUGUUGAAGAUUUGUACACAGCUUUACCAAUGCCUAAAUAUGGCAGUAUUGGCAGCCUAACCAGGCAGAAGAGUAUAGAUCCCACAGGGUUUGCAUCCUAUCCCAAAGCUGUCGACGUGUUCAUCAGCUACAGGAGAUCGAAUGGAUCCCAGCUAGCCAGCUUGCUAAAGGUUCAUUUACAACUGCGAGGAUUUUCUGUGUUCCUGGAUAUAGAUCGACUUCGAGCUGGAAAGUUUGAUGAAAAUCUGUUGAUGAAUAUCCGGUUAGCGAAGCAUUUUCUAUUGGUUCUGACACCAAGUGCCUUAGAUCGAUGUAUUGGUGACGACGAACAGCAAGACUGGAUUCACAAGGAAAUAGUGACGGCUCUAGAGAGUGACUGUAAUAUCAUCCCUGUCCUGGAUAAUUUUGAUUGGCCACUGCCAGAAGUGUUGCCGCCUGACAUGCAGCAAGUUGUGUAUUUCAACGGAGUCAGAUGGGUGCACGACUACCAAGAUGCUUGCAUGGCUAAGCUUGAAACAUUCCUCAAAAAAGUUCCUAUAGCUCGUCUGAAGUCUGAGGAACUUCCUACCAUUGUGGAGAGACCGGUGUCAGAAUGUGACAGCGUGUCAUCUGCUCUGACAGUAGAGGAAAUGAUGGCACAAGAAGAGGUUGUGAUGAGGAAGUCUAGCACUGAUAAAAAAGAGGCCCGUAAAAGAGCCUCAGGCUCAGCCUUUAUGGACACAUUAACUUCUCUAGUUGAAAAUUUUUAAGUUGUUGACUAUUUGUUUUUGACAAUGAUCUGAGUGUGUUAUGGUUUUGAUGUUAGAAGAAUGUGUAUCUUCUCAUCUCACCUUGUCCAUAACUGUUGAGAUGUCUGUUACCUUUCAUAUGAUGCUUAGAGCUUGUUUAUGGAUUGUAGAUAUGUAUUUUGGAAUUUGAGCUAUUGAAAUGCACAGUCUUAUGUUUUGAGACAUGAUCUCUGACCUGAGCACACAUAUAUUAUAGGUGUGCAUCUUUUAGGGUAUUCAAUAUUUAGGCAAACGUUUAGGUCUCCGAGUAUUUGAUACAAUCAUGAAUUAGUGCUAAUAGUAUUACACUAUGUAUAUGCAAAGAUAUUUCAUAUUUUAGUGUAAAAUACAUAUGCACAAAUGCAACUGUGCCAAAGAUGCAAAUAUUUAAAUACCACUAAAAUGUUCAAUUUUCCAUGCAUCACUGAUGCAUAUUUUCAUAAUCAGGGUAUUUAAAGUUAAAAUACCUCAUUCAUAUCUCGAAAAAUCUUUUAUAUUCUUCAUUAGUCUAUAAUAAAAAUUAUGCAAAACAUAAAAAUAAGUUUUAUGCUCCUGUAGACCAUUAUUCAAUCAUAAGAAAAAAUAUCUAGCAGAUUGAGACUGCCAUAAGUAUGGUUCACUUGACGUGAAUAUUGAGCAGGUGAAAAGCAGUCUUAAAACGUUAUGCAAAGUCGUCAAUCAUUGAUGUUAAUUACCACAAACAGAUUUACCUCACUAUUUUAAGCAUUAAAUGUGUUAAGAGUAGACACAUGGAAAAGUGGGUCAAACUAUUUUCAUCAGAAUUAAGGGAACAAGUUUUUAAGUGUAUGAAUUUAUAGAUUGUAUUUUCUUUUUUGUCUUCCCUAUUUUGGCCUCUUGAUAUCCAUUGUAGUCUCUUGAAUUUUUAUUGUUUUAUCUGGCUAAUUGUAAGAUUUUGAACUUGCUCUUGGAUUUAGAUUGGGGCCACAUAUUCUUUUGAUGUGUAUUUAUUGGAAUUAUUUAUUGUAUUUUAAUGUCAAAUAAUGCAAGACAAAAUCAACUACAUUUUACUGAUGAAGUGAGUUAUAUUAUGCAAUUGUUUUGUAAAAGAAAUUUCUUGAAAUUUUAUAUCUUUUAUUUAUUUGUGUACACGUGGUGCCCAUUUAUGGCAAAUCAGAGAUUCUCAUGUCUUGGUGAAUACUUUUAAAGUUUUGUCAGAGUUUUAAACUGGUCCCUAUAUUGCAGUCCCUAUAUUGCUACUAUCCACAGUGUUUUAUUCUGUUUGAAACAUGUGGUGUUGUUUUUAAAUCAAGUUGUCAAUCCUAAAGGAGACAAACUGAUAACUGAAAUAGUUUAUGUUAUUCUGUGUCCAAUGCUGCACACCAAACCUGAGUGCUCUUGACUUUGGUACAGGAUAAGAUGGGCAUUCAAUCAAUAGUAUUUUUACUCUAUAUGUGUAUUGCAUGAAUUUAAAGGAAAUCAGAUAAGUUUUAGUCAUAUAAAAAACAUUCCCCAAAAUAUGCAAUGAAUUACUGAAUCUAAAAAUUCAAAUCUUAUUUCCUGUACUAUUGCCUAAUUUUGUAUAAAAUUCUGUUUUCUUAAGAAGAAAACAUAACAAUGUUUUAAGAUAUCAUAUGUACCAUAGAAUUUUUGCACGUACAAAGAAGCAGGUACAGUUUCUUCAGUCAUCUAGCCCAGAAAAUGGACGAUUUCAAUAGGAGUCCCAAAAUCUGGCAUUACAAAAGAGAAUAUAUAAGAAAACCCAAACUACAUUUGAUUUGAUCCAAAAUUGCUUCGUGCUGUAUUGACAAGAGCGUGAAGUUGGCAUAAAAUUGCCAAAAAGCCAAAAUCAAUGAAAAAAUCCAUAAAUUCAGGGGAUUUUCCUUUCAGAAAACAUGCAGCCCAUGCGUCGAGCAAAUUCAUAUUCAAAUAUAUUUUUUAUCGUCUAUUAAUAAAAAAUAUAUAUUAAUUUCAUUUUGCUUGACAGAUGAGCACACCUUUUCCUAGGCAAUAAUCGGGAUGAAAUUUAACAGUUAUUAAGCUUUUUUUUUAAAAAGGCGGGAAAAAGUCUUAUUCAUGACGUAAUAAUGCUAUCAAAUAAGCAAUAACUUUGAUUUAAGUUGAGAUAGUAUACUUGGCAUAUAUUUAACUUACUUUAAACACUGAUCAAGCUUAAUUCAAGACACAUUUAAAACAGAGAAAUUUUUUGGGCCUUUUAAUAUACACAAUCGUACCUUGUUCUUUAGUGUAUUUUCAUAUGUGAAUAUGUGAGAGAUUUAUACACUGUUGAAACAUUUAUUUUCGCGGGUCCAAUUUUGAUGGAAGCAUAAAUUUGUGGAUACAAGUUCAAAAUUGACAUCUGGGAGAGAAUAGCUUAUUGGCCAUUAAUUUGAGAGCUUACAGUUAUCACUAACUGCCACAAAUAAUGUUGAAUCUGGUGCAAUUUAUAUUGGCAUCAAUCACACACACAUGUGUGCAUGCGCGCACACAUACACACACACAAGCGCACCAUCACAUUAUUUUAUAUGAUGAUUCCACACUUCUAAGCAGUGUUGAUGAAAUGUAUGAUAUCUUUAAGAUUAUGAAUUCUAGUCAUUUUGACUUAACUGUUUUGAAAUAUUUAUUGACAUUGAGAAACAGACAGUGGAUGUGGGUAAUUAGAUUACAAUCAGGUCUGUGUAUUUAUUUUUCAUUUUUGGUGCUGUGUUGUUGUUUUUAAUAGUGAAAAAGAAUUAAAGAUGAUAGGGGGGACCAUUUUUAUUUAUGUAUGUUUUGAUAUAAAUGCUUUAUUCCUUGUUUGAACUUUUAAAAAAAAAAAAUUUGUUAUGUUAUGUGAAAUACACAAAUUCAUCUCUCUUGAAAGAGUUGACACUUAUAUAACUAUUAUUGAGAGUAUUUACAAUUUGUAGGUAGUUUAGCACAUAUAUGUGACUGUUGACCGGUGUAAUGCAGUAUUCUGGGGAGGCCUUCAACAGGCUGUUCACUCUCAUUGUCAUUUCAUCUGUUUUGUUAUCCUUCUGCUUUAUACAGAACAGUUUGUAAUAUUCAAUGUUUUUGUCUCGAAAUUGUCAAUCAAUAAAAAGAUGACAUAAAGUUGA